AUGGCACCUGCGUCUUUGUCCAGCACUGCUUCUAACACUUCCGACCCUGUGGCAGGAGGCCAUUUUGUGGCCAUCGCGGACGCCGACGACGUCUUCAGUGAUGAAUCAGACUUCCACGGGAGCUUGAAGACCAAGUCGACAUACCACAAACUAGCCGAAUCAUACAAUCCCCAGAAAUAUUGGACCAUCCACGAAUGGAGCACCCAGGUGGCUGCCGCGAGAGGGAGGGAACGAGCGAGAAGGCACGAAGAAGCUGCCGCCAGACACCAACGCGCAAAGCAGCUUGCCCUGAGGAACCAACAGGAAGCAGGCCAGCCGACGCGAGAUGAUAAUGAUGGUCCAAGUGUCCAGCUGCAGCAGGGGGAAGGGGAGAUUCGAGUGGCUUUGGAUGGGGAUGGAGAUAGGGUAAUGAAAAUCGACACCAGAGCCAAUGCAUCCGCAGGUCCCGAAGAACCUGACGCCAAAGUGGAUGAAGACAUGGUAGACGACUCUCGCGCGCCGCGACAGAACUUUUACGAGGGCAUGCCAUCCGCCAAACAACUCUCCGAGUCCGUAUCUGAGUUUCUCACCCGUCUGCCUCCUUCGACCACCACUCCCGUCUCCGCUAGAGGCGGGCCGUGGAUCUGGAUUGCCAACCCUUACCCCCCUGCACGCGGCAAACAGUCCCGGACCACGAGCUCUAGUCCCGAGUCCGGAGGCGGUGAUGUAGCCACAUUCCGCCAACUCGGACUGCGUCUUUUAGAGAGGUAUCUCUCCCGCAAACAUGAGCUCGAGUCUCAGAAUCCCGGGAAAGCCCCCGGCGCGAUCACGCGCAUGUUACCUCCCGAUCGCUCGGAAUUGGAAAGCGACAUCAGGGAGCUGGCCAAGGCACAAGGUGUCACGGAUGGGAAGUGGAUGCUUUUCCUGCGGGAAGAGGAAGUUGAUGCCGUGUGGGCGGUUGUCGCGCGCGCGGUGUGGGAGGGCAAGUUGGGCACGGCGGCUAAAGUCGCUACUGCUACUGCCAGAGGAGACGGAGAGAUGAUGGUCGACGACGAUGGUGGAAAAGACAGAGGUUUGAGAUUGAUAUGCAUCUACACCCAGGACUUCUCGGACCAGGUAGAUGUCAAGCGCGUGGUACAAGGCAUGAAAGAUCUCGGCCUGCUCAACCCCAACCUCGACGGACCGCCCAGCGCUGCCGGCACGAAUGCUGCUCUCAAAACAAUCUACUACAAAUGCGACGCCUACACGCACCUCGACUUGACCAGCGGCAACGAAUACAAGUUGAAGGCGAGCAUGUACUCGUCCCGCGACCUGUUUCCGGAGUGGUACAGCGCCAGUACGUACACGACGCAACGAUACCGUUGA